AUGGCUAACAUUAACGAUGAAAAUGUUAGCAAACUAAUUCCCACGCUUGGUGACGAUAAAAUCGAUAUGAUUGCUGCCACCAGCGUGCUACAAAUUAGAGCAAGUGAGAUUCGGCAAAGUCAAAUAAAUUGGCAAUCUUACCUCCAGUCGCAGAUGAUCACUCAGCGCGAUCAUGACUUUAUUGUGAACCUAGAUCAACGUGGUCAAAAGGAUUUGCCAGACAAAAACCCAGAAGCUUGUGCUGAUGUCUUCUUGAACCUAAUUACUCACAUCAGCAAAGAUAACACCAUUCAAUAUGUAUUAGUUCUAAUCGAUGACAUCUUAUCUGAAGACAAAUCUAGAGUGAAGAUCUUCCGUCAAUCAAGGCAUGGCAAUGUCUGGCAGCCAUUCCUGAAUCUGCUGAACCGACAAGAUGAGUUUGUGCAGCAUAUGACGGCUCGCAUCAUUGCGAAGCUAGCGUGCUGGCACCCACAGCUGAUGGAGAAAAGUGAUCUACACUUCUACUUGUCAUGGCUCAAGGACCAACUAAAGUCAAAUGCGGAGAAAAUGUCUGCCGAGUUAGCGCAUGCUGAGCAGGUUAUGUUGGAGCACGAGAAACAAAAUUUCUCCGAUAAACACGUUAAGCACCACCACAAGGACAAGAGCGCAGAGAAAGCUGACAGCGAAAAGUAUUCGAGCCUUUACAGCUCAUUCGAUGUUCUGAAAUCCCACGAGGACUUGCCUCCGGGCCUCCACAAGAACAACGACUACAUCCAGUCGGUGGCGCGCUGCCUCCAGAUGAUGCUUCGCGUUGACGAAUACCGUUUCGCCUUUCUCUCCGUCGAUGGCAUUUCUACUCUGCUCUCCAUCCUUGCCUCAAGGGUCAACUUCCAGGUCCAAUACCAGCUUGUAUUCUGCCUGUGGGUGUUAACUUUCAACCCGUUGUUGGCGGAAAAGAUGAACAAGUUCAAUGCCAUCCCCAUCUUAGCUGAUAUCCUGAGCGACUCUGUCAAGGAGAAGGUUACGCGCAUCGUUUUGGCUGUUUUCAGGAACUUGAUUGAGAAGCCUGAAGAUCAACAGGUCGCUAAAGAGCAUUGCAUUGCUAUGGUGCAAUGCAAAGUACUGAAGCAGCUGUCGAUCUUGGAACAGAAGCGUUCUGACGACGAAGAUAUUAUGAAUGAUGUGGAGUUCCUCAACGAGCGUCUUCAGGCCUCAGUGCAGGACCUCAGUUCUUUCGACCAAUACGCUACUGAAGUUAAGAGUGGACGAUUGGAAUGGUCCCCCGUGCACAAAUCUGCUAAGUUCUGGCGCGAGAACGCUGCAAGGCUGAACGAGCGCGGUCAAGAACUCCUUCGUACCCUAGUUCACUUGCUAGAGAAGAGCCGCGAUCCCAUAGUUCUCGCUGUCGCCUGCUACGACAUCGGAGAAUACGUUCGACACUACCCCCGUGGCAAGCACGUCAUCGAACAACUAGGCGGAAAGCAACGCGUUAUGUACCUCCUGAGCCACGAAGACCCCAACGUGCGCUAUGAAGCUCUACUUGCCGUUCAGAAACUAAUGGUUCACAACUGGGAAUACCUUGGCAAACAGCUGGAAAAGGAACAAAUUGACAAGCAGGCCGGUACUGUUGUUGGAGCUAAGGCUUAA